AUGAAGACGCUUUCAUCCAUCUUUAUCGCCAUCCUCGCAAUCGCACUUGCAGUAUACAAUAACGAGUAUAUGCUUUCGAGACUGACACAGUCACUAAAACACGUUACAUCCCUCGCAAAGACUACUAAGCCCUUCUACAACACCACCGAAGACAUGUCGACCAUGUUUCGCGGACUGCCCGUCAUCCCCGACGAGACCUUCACCACGGAUGCGCCCCGCAAAAUCGCAAAGUCCUUCCUUGCGAUUGAGCAGUCCGAGGGCGCCGGAGCGAAAGUGAGGAGGAGUGUUGGCACCCCAAAGCUCCGCAACUUCUCCCCAUUUCUGAUGCUCGACCACUUCGCCAUUCCACCGGGCGCAGGUUUCCCUGACCACCCACACCGCGGUACGCAACUUUCCCUUCCCUGGCGUAUAUACGAAAAACAUACUAACUCCAUUAUGUCUGCAGGCCAAGAAACUAUCACAUAUCUUCUUUCUGGUGCCGUCGACCACGAAGACUUCGCAGGAAACAAGGGAACCAUCGAGCAGGGUGACCUGCAGUUCAUGACAGCUGGCCGCGGCAUUGUUCACGCCGAGAUGCCGCGCCAAAACGAAGACGGCGCGCCCAAUGUUGGAAUGCAGCUCUGGGUCGAUCUUCCCAAAGAGCUGAAGUCGUGCGAACCGCGUUACCGAGACUUACGAGCCAAGGAGAUCCCUGAGACAACCGCGGAUAAUGGCAAGGUGCACGUCAAGGUCAUCAGUGGACAGGCCUACGGUACCGAGAGUCUGAAGGAGCUGGCAUACACACCCGUCUGGCUACUUGACUUCACAGUUCAGCCUGGUGGCAAAGUCAAGCAGCCCCUGCCAAAGGGCUGGAACGCCUUCGCAUACCUGCUCAACGGCACCACCAUCUUCUCGUCCGACGGCGUAUCACGACCUAUCGAACAAUACCACAACGUCGUCUUUGAGAGCAACGGCGAUAGUAUCGAAGCCUCUGUAGAAGAGGGUGCUGAGAAGGAGUCGAGAUUCAUUCUCGUCGCUGGUCUGCCGCUCGAUCAGCCCAUCGUACAAUACGGACCAUUUGUUGUAACGUCAAGAGAUGAGGUCAUGCAGGCUAUGAUGGAUUACCAAAGCCAUUCGAAUGGUUUCGAAAGGGCCAACAACUGGGAAAGCGAAAUAGGAAAGAGCAUGGUCCAUUGA